UCUCGCUCGGCGACAUGUGCUUGCUGCGUUUGCUUGCUGACUGACACUCCGUGGCAGGUACUUUACAUCAAUUUUUGUAUCAUUAGGUGUAUUUCUUUUCGGAUAUGACCAGGGCGUCAUGUCGGGCAUUCUCAUUGGUGAUUAUUUCAGAGCGUAUUUCCAUGAUCCGUCGCCGGUCCAGAUCGCGACCAUGGUCGCCAUCCUUGAGAUCGGCGCUCUCGUCUCUUCUCUCAUGGUCGGCAGGAUCGGCGACCUCAUCGGCCGGAGAAGAACCAUUUUCUACGGGUCCUGCGUGUUCGUCGUCGGCGGCGCCCUGCAAACGUUCGCGAGGACCAUGGCCAUGAUGAUGGCGGGCAGGGUGCUGGCCGGCCUGGGCGUCGGCAUGCUCUCGACCAUCGUCCCCGUCUACCAGUCCGAGAUUUCGCCGCCCCAUAACCGGGGCCAGCUCGCCUGUAUCGAGUUCACGGGGAACAUUAUCGGAUACGCCACCUCUGUUUGGGUGGACUACUUGUGCGGCUUCAUCGAAGGCGACUUCUCCUGGCGCCUGCCCCUGCUGAUGCAGUGCAUUAUGGGCUCGCUGCUUGCUCUGGGAAGCUUGAUCAUUGUGGAGUCGCCCAGAUGGCUCCUGGACAACGACCACGACGAGGAGGGCAUCGUGGUCAUUGCGAACCUGUACGGCGGCGGCGACAUCCACAACCCCCGUGCUCGCGAUGAGUUCCGCGAGAUCAAGAUGAACGUCCUCAUGCAUCGGCAGGAAGGCGAGCGCACUUACAGCGAGAUGUUCAAGCGGUACGGCAGGCGAGUCUUCAUCGCCAUGUCGGCGCAGGCGCUGGCCCAGCUGAACGGGAUCAAUGUCAUCUCGUACUACGCGCCUUACGUCUUCGAGAAGGCCGGGUGGGCUGGUCAUGACGCCGUGCUGAUGGCCGGCAUCAACGGCGUCAUCUAUGUCUUGUCGACCAUUCCCCCGUGGUACGUCGUAGACCGGUGGGGCCGGCGGCCGAUCCUGCUGUCCGGAGCUGUCGCCAUGGUGGCUGCCCUGUCGCUGAUCUCGUACGUCCUCUACCUCGAUAUUCCGUCUUCGCCGAAGUUGAUGGUUAUCCUCGUCGUAAUCUACAACGCCGCGUUCGGGUAUUCGUGGGGCCCGGUGCCCUGGCUCUACCCGCCCGAGAUCCUGCCGCUCAAGAUCCGGUCCAAGGGCGCCAGUCUGUCGACGGCCACCAACUGGGCCUUCAACUGGCUAGUGGGCGAGAUGACGCCCAUCCUGCAGGAGUGGAUUGCCUGGAGGCUUUAUCUUUUGCAUGCCUUCUUCUGCGCCGUCAGCUUCGUAGUCGUAUACUUCCUCUAUCCGGAAACAUGCGGCGUCCGCCUAGAAGACAUGGACGCCCUCUUUGGCGACUCCACCCGCGCCCUCGGCACCCCAGCCUCGUCCAACACGCCGGCCCUGCGCGCCGAGUCGGACGCCCUCCUGCGGCCUGCGUCACCCGUCGCGCCGCUCGAUGCCCGGAGCUGGUCGCCCAGGAGAGGGUUUAGCCCUGCGGGCACGACGUCGGCCGCCGCCGCCAUCCCCGGGCUGGAUAUCAACCCGCCUGAUGAUGUCGAGGCGGACGGGAAGCCACGCGACGGAGGCGGCGCGCGGCGUGGUGCGUCAGGAGGUGGGCUUGGUGGCUUUAUUUCGAGGAUCAUGGGCCGCGGAGGGUCGAGUAGAGGAGCGCAGUAUGCGCCGAUUGGUCAAGGAGAGGAGUGAUUGUAUCGUUGGAGUAUUUAGACGCGGGGUGGAAGCGGGUUUGGUUUUGGGUAGCCGAGGGCCUGGGUACUCGGCAGGUGCACAUAGAUGGC